AUGCGUCGAGCAUCAAUUACACCACAGUCCAGCUUGGGUCAAAAAGAGCCUAUGAUAGUUGUAGAAGAUGAUGAAGAAGAAGGUCAUAAAAGUUUACGAUCAACACCACGCUCCAGUCAAGAUAUGGAUUCACCAAUGCAUAAUCCUUAUUUAUUAUCGCCUUGGCGUGAUCCACGUGAAACACGUAAACAUUCGUUACCAACGCCAUCGUGUACAACAGGAAUAACAGCUAGUCAAGUGCGUCGUUUAUCCGAACGUGGUGGAGAAGGUUCAGGUCCGUCACCACGAGAACAGGCAUUUCUUGCUACAUUAUGCUCUCAACCAGCACCAACGUCAGGUCGACGCCAUUCUGUUGUCACAAUUUCACGUGUACCACCUGCAUUAUUUGGACGUAAUCGUCGUGAAAGUGUUGCCGCAUUUCCAUCAUUGAUUUCAAAAUCAGGUAGUCGUACAAUAUUAGGGGGCAGUCGACGUGAAUCAAUUAGUGGUGGACCACCACCCUCGAGUGACCAUCGUGGGAGUGUACAUAAUUUACAAUUAGAUAUUAUGGAUGAUAUUGUGACUGCUCGUAAAGUUCGUAUGAAAAUGUGGAAUACAAGUAGCGAACGUGUCUGUGAAGUUCAACCGUUAGACGAGAGUGCUGGCCCAUCGACAUCUCCAAUGCGUUACACUGGACAAACUCCAGAAAAAGGAGGACGUCGUUAUUCUGAUUUUGUGGGUACAAAUUUACCACCAUUAAUACCACCUAGACGGCGCGCAUCUGAAUUUCCAAAUUUGCCAACACAAGCUGAAAUACCAAAACCUAAAAAAUCAUCCACUGGCAUUGUAUGCACAAACACUGAUUUAAUAUCCAUUUUGUCAUCCUUAACAUCAUCUGCAACGGAAAUUAAUCUAUGUGGCCUCCCAAAAUCUAGCGAGAACAAUAAAACAACUACCGGUGGUAAUGUUGAACAGAGACGUGGUCUAUUAAAAUCAAAUCGAUCGAAUAGUUUUGAUAUAUCCAUAUUGCAUGCAGUAAAUCGAGAGGACGUAUCCAAAGACGGCAAGAUUACAUCUUCCCAAGAAGGCCCAUCAAAUUGGUUUAUAAAACGACAUCAACCAAUGUCCAAGAAAGAUGGAUCAGAAAGACCUAAGCCAAAAAUUACUUUUGCCAUGGAUACAAAACCAAAAUCAAUAGAUGAUAAAGCAAAUAAAGUUGUAUGGGAUGGGAAAAGUGGCUCAGUUGUAGAUGCUGAAGCGAUAGGUAGUGCCAUUGAAGUUUUCUUACGACGUGGUGCGGCUGAAAGUCCAAGCUCACCAUCAGCAACAACACCAUCAACGAGUGGAACUACAGCAUCUUCAACUCAAUCAAAAGGUGCUAUUCCAAAAUCAUCAUCGAGCCCAAAAACUCCAUCUGGCAAAAAUAAUACUAUUCAAAAAACAACAUCGCCGUCGAGUUGGUUUUCGGGUAAAACCGGCGAAGAAGAACCGUCUGAAACUUGUGACACAUCUAUAUGUUCAACACUAAAAGAUUUAUUUGUGAAAUAG